CGACCUGCAAAGCGGCAUGAAAAACAGAAUACCUAGCGUGUCGUAGAGAACUGAAACGGAACUGCAAAAAAAGGCUCAAUAAAUCUUAUUGAAUAUCGAAAGCUACGAAAGGAAUUGGAUGAAACGCCUAAUUAGAAAGAGGUAAAGAUGAGAAAUGUCAUUUACAGAUCUAGAGUUUGAGCAAACAGUAUAUGUGACUGUUUGAGCUGAGAAGAGCCAAAAUAGAUCAUUGCAGUUUACAGAUGAGAAUGACUCAAAUAACUUGGAAAAAUGUGAAAAAAUCUAAAUCUAUUGUACUCAUGAAGAAAAUGAGACACAAAAUAAAGAGGAAGGCGUCUCCAACAUCUCACGAAGACGAGUCGUCUUCACUAAAUAAUGCGGAAUUGGACAGUUUAAGUUUAGGAUCUCAGGAACUGGAGGACAUAGAGGAAAGAUCGACAAACAGAAGCCAAAGCAUUGCCAAAAGCUUGAAGUCUAGGAUAAGAGACUUAAGUCCUUCAAGAAAAACACCAAGUCCCAAGCCAGAAAGAAAGAUUAAGAAAGCCAAAACCCCAACCAAAUUACCAAAAUCUCCUGCAGGUUGGCUUCCUGCGUCAUUCAAUCAGAUGUUUUCAAGCUAUAAAAGCAAGUCUGGUGACUUCAGAAGACUAUUUAAAGAUUUGCCAGACAGUGAGCAGCUUAUAGUAGAUUAUUCUUGUGCGCUACAGCGUGAUAUCCUCGUUCAUGGCCGUCUUUAUAUCUCACAAAAUUGGCUCUGCUUUUAUGCUAAUAUAUUUGGAUGGGAAACCUUUGUUACCAUAAAGUGUACAGACAUUACUAGUAUUAGGAAAGAAAAAACAGCUCUUGUCAUACCUAAUGCAGUUCAAAUAAACACAGAAUCUGAAAAGUAUUUCUUUGCAUCAUUCAUAUCCAGGGACACUGCAUUUACUGUUCUCUUUAGGAUCUGGCAAAAUGCUCUACUUGAUCAGCCCCUGACUCCUUCAGAACUGAUUCAUAUGGUUGGAAAAUAUGUUGAGUCAGAUAAAGAAGACUCAGAUGACUCAGAUAAGGACCUCAGCAGUGAAGACUCAGACCUUUCUGGUGGAGAAGAAGAAGAUGAUGAACCAGAAGAUGUUGAUGAUGAUGAUUUUGAUGAAAUUUUGACUGAUGAUGAGGUUACAAAACAAGAUGAUGAGGAUAAAGAAAACAAAGCAGACAACAGUGCUUUCAAGCCUGUCGGCAAUAGUGCAUUGACCACAGCUCCUGAGUUGUCUAUCACACCUCCAUCACCAACGCAGUUAAAAAAGAGUGAAAACGGUAAUACAUCUGAAGGAUCAUCUGUCACACAUAGAAAGAAGCGUUCACCUUCCCCAGUCUCUAAAGGCUCGGACAUCAAGAGUCUACUAAAGUCCAUGAGAAAAGACAAGUAUAAGUUAUCCGAUACUGAGGAGACUACUAUGAAACAUAUUAAAGAAAGCAGCGACAUGGAUGAGGAAGGCUCUGUUUCUGAGUUUUUAGAAGAGGAAAGUAAAGAACCCCACAACUGCAUGUGCGACAAGCAUCUAGCUAUAGAGAUGUUGAAUGAGGUUUGGCCAUUGUCAGUGGAUGACUUGUAUGGGCUAUUAUUCACAGAGUCAAAUUUCUACAAAAAACUCCAAAAACACCGUAAAACUAAAGAUCUGGUGUUCAAACCGUGGACCAAGUCUGACGAUGGACAACAUAGAACCAUUACCUAUACUAUUGCUUUAAAUUAUUCUAUUGGGCCAAAGACAUCUCCUACAACAGAAGCUCAGCAUUGCUUCAAGGGUAGCGUUCCAGGCAAAGUCUACAUUGUACAGGCUGUGGUGAACAAUGAAGGGAUACCAUAUGGUGAUAGCUUUAGUGUGGUGACUAGAUAUUGUAUAACCAAGUGCACAGAUAAAUCCUGUAGACUAAGAAUAACCAGUGAGAUAAAAUAUAAAAAAUCCGUCUGGGGUUUUGUAAAAAACAUGAUUGAGAAGAAUGCAUCYGAUGGUCUCAAAGAAUACUUCACGUUUCUAGGUGAAAGCUUACGAAAAGAGACCCACACCGAUCAAACGACGAAACGACGAAGAACUUCGCCAGGAAGACGUCAUAAACGGAACCGUAGCCUCAAGAGUCGGGAAGAUAUUCUGCCUUCACCUAGCUCGACAUCUUUGUCCGAUAAAGCAAGCCAAAAUCUGCCACUGUGGAAGAGGACAGUAUCAGGGCUGCUAUCGGUCAGGUCUAGUUUCCCUUCUAUGAAGACAGAAAGCAAGUUCGCUUUGGCAAUUGCUAUCCUUUUAGCAUGUUUACUUGCCCUCAACAUGUUCCUGACCGGCAGAUUACUGGCUCUAGAACGAGGCACACAGAUGAGAAUGGACUGGCCACGUGACUUAGAAAACCUACCGACAGAUGCUAAAGAAUGGGCACAGAUGUUACAGCAGCAAAAAGAAAUGCAUGAAAAAGAAAUGGAAAGAUGGAGGGAAAUCUUAUCGACAUCAAUUAAGCUAAUGAACCAGGUUCAAGAUUCUUUAUCAGAACUGAAUAAAGAACUAUCACAUUAGGAGAAUACAUUCUAGGAUAUAAGAAAUACUCAGUUACCUGUAACUUCAACAGACUUAUUUCGUUAGUCAACUUUCGUUUUUUGCGGCGAUUCCCUUCGGAAAUCUGUCGGAAGCCGAAGUUUGAAUUCGACGACUCGCCAACGGAAAAAAUAACGAGCGAGACUUGGAGCAAGUCUAGUUUUUUAUGCGUGUGAAUUAUUUUUGAUCGAUUUUAGAGACUGUACAUAGUUUGGUUCCGAAGAUUUGUCUGCUGGUCGGACAAAACACAGCACAUCUGUGUACAACUUCAAAGUUGUUUUUUCUACCCUCUUUAAAGAGGGUAUUUUCCUAAGUGAAAUUAUAAAAUGUUUACACAGCACAUCUGCGUACAACUCAAAGUUAUUUUUUACCCUCUUAAAAGAGGGUAUUUUCCUAAGUGAAAUUAUAAAAUGUAUUUCAUACUUUGGUUUUGAAAGUAGGAAUGGAAUUAUUUAUGAAAAGAAAGUAGGAAAAAAAUAAAACGAAAAAAGUUCGAAUUUUUGUGUCAAAAAAAAUUAGUGGUGACAUUCUGACUGAAGGUAAAGAUGUAAAAUAUAUGAACAAAGAAUAAAAUAAUUUAUUGAUAGUAA